AUGGGGACGUCACAGCCUACUAUGAAGUCCAUUCUUGGAAUCUUAUUCCUGUGUCUUGUCCAGAUUUCCGCCGCGUUGAAAUUCGACCUGCCCGCCGUGAGCGGAAAGAACGAGCGAUGCAUCCGCAACUUCGUCUUCAAGGAUCAGCUUGUCGUCGUGACAGCUAUUGUGAGCGGUCAGAAGGGCGAUGGACAGAAGGUCAAUAUGCAUAUCAAAGAUGCCCUGGGCAAUGACCACGGUCGCCCGAGGGAUGUUGUAGGCGAGACUCGCCAGACAUUCACUUCUUCGGAGGAUACUGCUUUCGAUGUCUGUUUCGAGAACAAGCUUGAAGGACGGUCCGGUGUUGCGAACCCUUAUCGGUCGAUUGAACUCGAUGUCGACAUUGGCGCCGAUGCUCGUGACUGGUCUAGCAUCCAGGACCAUGAGAAACUCAAGCCCCUCGAAACUGAUCUCCGUCGCAUUGAGGAGAUGGUGCAAGAAAUCGUCAGCGAAAUGGAAUACCUUCGUGCGCGUGAGCAGAAGCUGCGUGACACCAACGAGAGCACCAACGAGCGUGUGAAGUGGUUUGCGUUUGGCACAAUGGGAAUGUUGAUUGGAUUGGGUGUUUGGCAGGUCAUUUAUCUGAGGGCUUACUUCAGAUCCAAGCAUCUUAUCUAG